AUGAGCAUUGUCGGAAAUCGCGAAAUCUUGGGUGCUUUAGGGCUAGUCAGAGCAAAGCCCGAGAUUGAUUUUUACGAAGUGAUACCAAGGUCCGCCGCUUGUAAAAUGACAGUCGAGCUGGGCAUUAAUUGCAGUCGUCGAGCCAUUUACUUCAGGAAACCUAAAGACAAUGCUAUAGAUGGUGAAACAGUGUCUGGUCUUCUGUUCUGCUAG